GCCCCAGGCGCCCUGUUUUCACCAACGUCGUCCCAAUCCUUGGUCCCAGCUUCUGUUGUAAUGUGACCCAGGAAGCUGAAAUCAAGUUGGGUUAUGCUUCAUGGUGUCAUCCAUGGUCAAUUGAGCUAUAUUUUUCCCAUGGCAUGGACAAAUGAAUGAAGCAUUUUACAGUGCACACUGCACAGAACCAUUGUCUUAAUUGAUUGGAAACUUUGUAUAUCAAUCUUAAUCGCUGUGACGACUACCUUUUAGAAAAUGCGUGCUAUCAGGAUCAUCCAGUUGCUGAUGGCAUUCAGUAUAAGCAUCGGCAGUGAAAUACCAUCGUCAGAUGUGGUCAACCAUUGGGCUGCUCAGCUGGGAAUUCGGCUAAAAGAAGACUUCAUGUCUGCCAGUGAUUAUGAAACACUUCAAGAUAGUUUCGGCCACAGUAUGCGCCACAGCGUCCGGUUCGACGUGGUCCGGCCCGAACAGGAGCUGGCCCUCAUGGCGUCCCAGAUCACAACCAUCUUCACCCGGCGCACGCAGGCGCUCAAGGAUAUUGUCAACCGGGCCGAGAGUCUGACGCUCACCUACCGCUACGAGAAGGACCUGCAGCUGAGCGACGAGGGCGUCAUCGAGGACGGCGCCGGCCGGCCGGUGCUCGACGCGCCGCUGUUCAAAAUGGCCGACCACACGGCCGACAGCGGCCAGCUCUCGCUCAGCGAGACGCUGGGCCGCGAGGUGAACACGAGCCGCUCAGGGGUGCACACCCCGCUCGAGGUCUACGAGGGAUACGUGGACGUGCUGAACGGUCUGCGCGUCACGGACGGUGUGGACGAGACGUUCCGCGCCAACGCGGCGCGCGACCCGCACAUGAGCUGGCAGUACCUGGGCACGCAGCUGGGCUUCCUGCGCGUCUACCCGGCCACCUGGUGGCAGCCGCCGCGGCCGGCGCUCGACGUCGACCUGUACGACGUGCGCCGCCGGCCCUGGUACAUCGAGGGCUCCGUCUCGCCCAAGGACGUCGUCAUUCUGAUGGACAUCUCUGGCAGUGUCCACGGGCAGACCUUUGAGAUAAUGAAGAUCGCCGUCAAAACGGUGCUCAACACGUUGGGCGAGAACGACUACGUCAACAUCGCCUGGUCGACCAACCAGGUGGGCUGGGUGAACCCGUGCCUGAACCGGCUCGUGCCGGCCACCAUGAUCAACAAGCGCGCGCUGGCCGCAGCCGUCGACUCGCUGCAGGCGCGCAACACGUCCGACUGGUCCAAGGGACUCGACUUCGCCUACCGGGCCUUCAUCGACUUUUACACCACGGAGCCGGAGCACGCGGGCGCCAAGUGCCACAAGCUGAUCAUGUUCUUCAGCGACGGGGGCACCGAGUGGGCCGGCCAUGUCAUCGACAAGUACAAGAACGAGACGCUGACCGAGAACGUGCGGCUGUUCGCGUACGCGCUCGGGCCGCACCCGGUGCCGCCCAACAUAAUGCGCAAGAUGGCCUGCGAGAAUGGCGGUUCGUUCUCUGUGAUCGUGGCCUCUGGCGCCAUCCGUACCUCGAUCCAGGAGUCGUACCUCUCCGUGCUGGGGAAGCCGCUGGCGCUCUCCAACUCACAUCACCUGGCCGAGAGCUCGCCCUACUCGGACGCCCUGGGGCUCGGCUACGUGACCACCCUCUCCAUGCCCGUCUUCAACCGGUCGGCAGAGUCGAAGUCUGGCCAGUCGCUGAUGGGUGUGGCCGGCGUGGAUAUCAGUAUGAAGGAGCUGCUGCGCCACUCGCCGUGGAAGAAGCUCGGCCCGUUCGGAUACACGUUCGCCAUCAACCCGAACGGUAUCGUGGUGUUCCACCCGCGGCUGCGCAACCCGCUGCACUAUAUGGAGGACCCGCCCGACCUGGACCUGGUGCAGCUGGAGGGCGACUCGUACAAGGUGGUGGAGAUGCGCACUCAGAUGAUCCGGCGCAACUCGGACUCGGCCGAGCUGAGCCAGCUGGUGCCGCUGGACGACGGCCACCAGGUAGAGCUGCGCCGCGUCCGCUUCACCUGGCGGCCGGUCGACAACACUACUCUGAGCCUCGGCUUGGCGCUGCCGGUCACACACAAACACAUGGUGGUGAGCGGCCAGGACGUGCGCCAGGGCCUGCCCGACUGCGGCGCCUGCCUGCUGGCGGCCUCCUGGCAGUUCUGUCCGGGCCUGAGCGGCAACGCCUCGGAGCGGUGGCGCCAGCUGUCGGAGCGCCUGCAGGCGGGAGCUGAGAACUGCUCUCAGGAUCUGGUGCAGCACCUGCUCUGGGACGUCAACUGGACGGCCGUAGCGCAGACCCUCUGGGACAACAACAGCAGGAACCAGUCCGCCGGCGUGCUGGGACGCUUCCUCGUCACCGACGGCGGCCUGACGCGCUUCCACCCUGCCGACAGCGGCGCCGGCCUGCUGCCGGAGACGGAGCCGUACACCAGCAGUCUGUACCGGCAGGCCUCUCUGGUGGACGACCUGGUGGUGCGGCCGCGGCCCGGCUCGCGCCGGCUGCUGGCCGCCCGCCGCAUCGCGGUCACCAACAGCACCGGGGACAUCUACACCCUGGCCGUGGCCGGUGUCCAGUUCAGCAGCGGCUGGCUGUGGUCGCUGGCCGACGGUGUGCUGACCGAGCCCGGCUCGGCGGCACCGGCCUGCUCGCCCGAGUCGGGCCUGCUCUGCUGGCUGCUCGACACGGGCGGUCACGUGGUGUACGCCAGCGGCGAGCUGCCGCCCCUGAGGAACGACACGGGCGACCGGGGCGGUCCGCACCUGGGCGCCGGCGACCCAGAGCUGAUGGCGGCCCUGGUGGCGGCCGGCGUGUACCGCCAGACCACCGAGUACAACUACCAGGGCGUGUGUCUGAAGCCGAGCGGCGAGGCGAGCGCCGGCUCGUCGCUGCGCUGGCUGGGCGCGCAGCUGCUGUUGGACUCGGCGUACGGCUUGCUGCGCUGGCUCGACUACCUGCGCUACCUGCUGGUCAGCUGGCUGCUGGCCGCACAGACGGCGCCCGUCUCUGCCCUGGACGAGUUCGGCUUCGAGAUCCAGGCGGACAACCACUCGUGCACUCAGCGUCAGACGCGCACACAGCUGGUGGCAGCGCUGCGGCCCUACCAGGGCGAGACCAGCUGCCCAGAGGAGGGCGACUGCACGCGCCGCUUCAGGGCGGCGCUGGUGGACGACACGAACCUGCUGCUGGUGGUGUCCGGUCUGCCGUGCGGCUGCCCGCCGCCGCCCGGACAGCGGCCCGCCUACGAGCCCGUGGAAGAUAUCGGCCCGGACCGCUGUCUCGAGAGCGUCAACCAGACGGCGCCGUUCCGAAAACGGCCCGACACCUGCUUCGCCACACACGAGAACGAGAAGCCGGCGUGUGGCGGCGCCGGCACGGCCGCCGGCCCACUGUCGCUGUCGCUGCUCUGCCUGGCGCUGCCGCUGGCGCUGCGGGCCGGGCCGGGCGGCCGCUGAGAGGACUCUGCAGUACGACAAACACAGCGGGCUGAGACGCGGGCUGAGUGAGCUUAGGGGCCGGACCCGACGGCAGCGCGCCAGGCCAACAGGCCGGAGUCGGAGCAGUGACUUAUGGUCUGUCUUAGGCGACGACUAGCCUCAAUCGGAGUUAGUGGCAUCAUAGCCUGACCGUGGCAACCACUAGCCUAGACUGCAGUGAGGUUUCGGACCGUAGCAGCUAUAACUGGUCUGAGACUGAGCAUGUAUGUGGUCUGACCGUUGGUGACUGCCAGUCCGGACUGUGGUCUUUGACGUGCGACUGCCAGUUUAGACUGGAGUCUGUGGCCUGUCCGUGGCUGCCACCAGCCUGGGCAGGAGUCUGUGGCCAGUGUUAUUCUGCGCGGGUAGCUCUGGGGUGGAGUGCGUGGUCCCCGACCCAGCCUGGACCUGGGCCACAGUUUGCGCCGGUAGCUAUGGGACGGAUUGGAGUGUUGGCCGGUGCGUGCCCUGACGCCUGCCGAGUCCUUACCGUCGGACCUGUGUUGAGUGUUUAACCCGGGUGAUAUUGCCGUAUGCUCUAUACUGUUUGCGUUUGUAGUGAAUCACUGUGUGACUGACCCGUUUUAUCGUCGCUGAGGUGGUUGGGGUGUUGGGACAACAUAGUCGCUUGUUCAGCCGCCACUGGCUAGUGAGGCCGGGAUAGUGCUGACAGAAGUGGUCGCCAGGUCUGCCCCGUAACCGUGUGAUACUGCGAGCCUCUGCGCGGGGAAUAGUUCACUCCCGAUCGAGUUUUAUCAGGCAGCCGGCGAGAAGCUAAGCCGACAAUCCACUCACUCAUUCAAGGCAGCCUUUGUUACGGAUUAAUCUUAUUACAAUGACCGGACUUGGAGAUAUGGUUUUCAUAUUAACUUUCCUUCAGCCUGGUGGGGCGAACAUAGAUGCAUAUAAAAUUAAGAUAAUUAACAGACUUUACGUUCCGCCUUUAAGCCAUUCCUUUACAUGUCACCGAUUGGGUGAGGCACUCGCAGUUUUGUUUUGUUGAGCGGUCGUCUGCCCCUGGACGGGCCGAGCGUUCGGUCAGCAGGUGGACUGACCGAACGCGAAUACUGUCUGCAGACAAUAGUGGCUCACUAACCAAUCAGGCCCCACGUGUACUGUGUACAGAACUGCCGUCUUAGGGAUGUUCAUGGAAUCUCUAGAAAAUCAACUUAGCCUGCGAAACUCUCAACUCACACGCUGCCAUGAUAUCUAGUCAGUUAGGAGCCGGGGCUGCAGGUGAACUAUUCCCUCCCAGGUGGCUUUCCUUCGUGUGCAAUUGUGACUACUGCUGCCGGUGGCCGCUCCUUCGGCCGGUGUUGGAUGGUUGUGAGCCACCUGCGUGUGCCAGAGGUGCCGCCCCUAGUCAGAGCGGGCCGUCCGCGUGUGACCCGGUCCCCGCCGCCAAUACACGACCGCGCACA